AGCACCGAAUGAAUUUAUUUAAAAAAUCAUUUAUUGAAUGAAAUAAACUGCAAAAGGGAAAAAAUUAAUAAAAAGUAGAACCAAAAAUAAAAAAAAAACAGUUAUGCGCUAUGCGAAUACGUGUACGAGUUGAAGCGGAUAAAUUCUUUUGAUGGCGGAAGUGCAUAUCAUCGGGCAAAUUUUAAAAGCCGUUGAUUUCGCCGAACCACACAUCUACUGCAAGUGGAGCCUACAAAGCGGUAGCGCUUGGAAACUCGUACAAGGCGAAGUGGCCGGUCAGACAAUUGUCUGUUCACAUCGCCUACAACAAUCAUCGGAUUUCGCGCAUCCUUUGGAUAUUCACCUGGCCACUGCCUCAGUGCAGGGUUGGCCAAAAUUGCACGUGGAGGUGCAUGCGGUGAAUGUGUUGCAUAACAGUUGGCCGGUGGGUUACGGUUUCGCGCAUAUACCCAGCCGACCGGGCGUUCAUCGCUUAGAGCUGUUGACUUGGAAAUUGGCGCCUGUUACUUGGUACGAUAGUGUGCGUGAGAAAUUUGGUGGUGGCGGUGUGGGUCUUAGUAAACCAGAUUUAAUAUAUACAGGCGUGGAGAGAUACAAACUGCAAACGCGUUCAUCUGGAAAAAUUAUCAUCGAUCUCAAUUUGAUCUUUCGCAAUUUCGCUAAAUUUGGCGUUGAGUUUAAGUGAAUACCAACAAAACACUAGCAA